UACUAUGGAUUUCUUUAUAAUCACUGUAUGUCUGUCGGUAACCUCGCUCAACAGGGAAGUUAUUUACUAUGUACAACUGCAGGUUGAAACAGGUAGAUCUAUGCAUUGCCGCAGUGAUGGGCGUACCUAGAGCAGAAAUUUGUUGAUAUUACUGAACUAGUCAGCAGUAUUGUCAAAUUCAGCCGAACUUUUGACUUUAAGUUUAGAUCAAACUUUUACAUUGUCAGCAGGAAAGUGACAGAUUUAUCAGCAGCAAAGCUAGAGGGAAGUUCAUCAUGUGAUUGUGAAUUCCAGGGCUGGAUAAAUACGGACAAUGUAAGUGAACAUUGAGAUGUGUGGAAUGGAAAACUUAGAUUCAUCAUCACAGUGAGGUAGCUAUUCUACAGUGUUUUUACAUUGCUAUAAGUUUAACAAACAUAUGCUACUGGAUGGGACAGUUAUAAGUCAAGUUUUCAUUUCUUUACAUGACAAACUCUUAUUUGUGAGUGUUUACUGAUAACAAUAUAUUAAUACAAGAGCAACAAACAAUCUUCAAGACUUCAACAAAUAAUCUAGCUUUUCAUCAAAAUGGCAACCCCUAUAAGCCAAAUUCCUCUCCGUAUCAAAGGUCAAACGACAUGUAUACACCACAAAGGGAGACAGCUAGAAUUUUAUUGUGAAAAAUGUCAGGAACUUGUUUGUCCAAAAUGCCUUUCUUCUAUACACAAAGCCCAUCCAGUUAGUGAGCUAAGUGAAAUCACUCCUCAGAAAGAACCGGACAUUAAAAACUUUAUAGACAGAACAGAAAAAAAUGACCUUGUACAAAUUGGAAAAUACAUCACCACUACCGAUACCCUGCUUAAAGACAACACCAGUACUUUUGAGAAGCUGUCACAAAAGUUAAAAAUGCAAACGGAUAAAUUAAAACAAAAGUUGGACAUGCUAACAGCACAGACACUCUCUCUAUAUCACAAAAUGGAAGAAGAUAAUACAAAACUGAUAAAGAAAUACAAACAGGACCUGGAGAUGUACGAGAAGCAACUCAAACAACAAAUACAAGAAUGUAAAGCAGCUCUCCAGCGUAGUUCGCACAUACAGAUUUAUGAUACAUAUUGUGAGAUUCAUUCUCCUACAUACAGUCUCCCUGUAAAACCUGUCCUGGGUACUGCCAACUUCACUCCAAACGAAAGUCCUCAAGAUAACUUGAAAAAAGCCUUGGGAAAAGUUAUAACCUCAGGUCAAGGUCAAACUUUAACUGACCAGGAUCGGUCAGUCUCAACAUCUGAUGAUCUGGGACAACCCUCUACACAACAACAACGGUCAGAAACAAAAGUGAAGAAAGCAGUGACAACAUGCAAACUACUGCCACAGACCAAGGUAGUGGAGGAGUUGGGGUCUCCAUGUUACAUUGAUUCUACAUGUCCCACUACUGAUGGUCAGGUGUGGACCAGUUUCUGGAACAGUCGCACAUUAACUCUCCUGGACAGGAAGGGGAUAGCAAUACAGGAGGUCAACCACAAUGCUGGGAUCUAUGACAUCAGUCUGUCACCCACCACACACACACUGUGGGUCUGUGACAGAGACAACCACAUCAUGGAGCUGGUAUCAGGACGCCUGACACAGAGAUUCAGUACCAAGAAGGUCCCCUCAUGUAUAUGUGUUACAGCCAGUAACCAUGUCAUUGUAGGGAUGACCAAACACAUCUCCAAAUUUACCACAGAUGGUAAAAUGGUGUGUACUACAAUGGUGAAAGGGACUGGGAAACCAUUAGUGUGUACACCAGACAGGAUCUCAGAGUGUCCUGUCACUCACAAUGUGCCAGUCACUGAUUUCAAUAGUGAAAGUGAUGGUGGUGAUGGAAACAAACAUGUUGUUGUGAUGGACACUGAUUUCAAGGAGCUGUUUGUAUAUAGAGGUGCCAUCCCCAGUACAUAUAGACCAACACCACAAACAGGAGGUAUACCAUUUUACCCCCGUGGUGUGGAGUAUGACAGUGUGGGGAACCUGAUCAUAGGGGACGGUAACAACAAAAGGGUCCUACUCAUCAGUGGAGGUGGUGAGUUCCUCAGGGUCAUAUACACAGACACAGUCUCUACAUGGGCUGUAGGUAUAGACAGGGAGGAUGUCCUGUGGGCAGUGUUUGGGUCAAUGUUUUUGGGUAAGAAAGUCAAACUACUACAGUACAGCAGUGUGUGACACCUGUAACCAAACAACUAGUAUAUCUAGUUACCAUGACAAUGACAUGGAAAUCAAAGACAAUUAAAGGAAACUUAUCAUGAUUACCAAUCAGCUAACAGUGUGUGGCAUUCACAGGAUUAUAAGCAAAAACUCUAGACUACAGAUUGUGUGACAUUCACAGGAAUAUAAGUAAAAUGUCUAGAAUACAGAUUGUGUGACAUUCACAAGAUUAUUAGUAAAAUGUCCAGAUUACAG